AUGGGUAUCGCGCCAAAAUUUGGGCUCGUUGCCGUGCUGCUGUUGCUCAACAUCUCGUUGCUGGAUGCUAAGAGGCGGAGAUGGAAACGACAAGCCUUGCCUUCUACGCAUGUUCAGGUCCAUUCCUUAAAUUCAAACGUCUCCGUAGCCGAUGAAGUCCAUGUAGUAUCAGCCGAGUCUCGAAUUGACCUGAAAGAAAGCUUCCUAAAUGCUUCAAUAUGGUCCUCAAACUCUGAGCUUUUGUUCAACAACUUCGACACCUACGUGAAUUACACGGCAUUUGAUGUUGAGGACAUUUUCAACAUUCACGGGGCCACGAUAUCGAAGGAGGCGGAUAAAACAGAGUUUUCAAUGGUGACCAACCGCUCAAUAGAUGGAAAUAGUCGAUUUAACGAGAGGCUUGAGGGCUCAAUUUCGCUACGGGUAAACGACUCGAAUAUGGGGGUGCAGGCGCUAAACGGGACAUGGGCCAUAAUCAAUGGGGAAACCCUGGAACAAAUGCUGCAAAAGAAGAUAUCCGUAUAUUCGGAUUUCGAUCCAAAAGACAACACGAGGAAGUUGUUGAUAAAGGCAGUUUCAAAUUCCUAUGAUGUCAAAGUUAUAUUAAGUGAAGCGGAGGUCCAAAUCGAAUACGGCCCGUCGGUUCUACAGAUUGAUAAAAGCUAUCGGCAUAUGAAGAUUUUUACGGACAAACGGAAUAUAACGCUCGACACGAUCACCUCACCUUUUGAAGUGGCAAUGACGGAGGAUGCGUUGUUAGUGACGUGUAAGGACGAACAUACCACCGCGCAGCUGUCACCGAAUAAUACCGAUGUCGAGAUCUCUGUGGGGCAGUACUCAAUCCUGGAAGUGGAUCGUGGCGAUGGAGUGAUGAGUCUGGGAGAUAGUGCUGGCGGUAUCACAGAGCGCGUCAACAUCACCUCCAUGCAAAUGAGGCUGGAUCUCGAAGACGGGCUUGUCACGGCAAACAGCAAUCGCAGUCAUAUUGAUAUGAUGGGAAAUUUGACAAAGGUCAGUCUCACGGCGGCUAUCCACAACUUGACUGUAAGCGGAGGUGUACCCCGAAUGAAACUCGAUACCGGGAACAUAACCGUCCAGAUACUGGCGGUCGAGGAGCGCGCUGUUCUCCCAUCUAUCGUCCCUCCCUUCGAGCCAAAGCACGACAACUAUGAUAGUUUGGGACCGGUUGCCGGAGAAGAGUCUCCAAGCGCCGUCACCUCUGGUCCUGAACCUCCUGAAGAUGCCACCACCGAAAAACCAGAGCCUGCCGCCACUCCGGAAACGACAGCACCACCAAAAGAAGAGGUUACAACUAUUGCCGAAGAAGUCCCGACACCUCCUGAAUUUUCGAAUGGAUUAGGCCAAGAUCCAUUCGGCGUGAUCGUGCCUGCGACAACUACUGUAACCGUGAAAGAGCCUUCAUCUGAAGAACCUGAUUGGACGGACGUACCGCAGCCUCCGGAAUUGGUCACGGAAGGUGAUGGCCGAACUGGACCUGAAGAUAUAGCAAUGCCAACCCCUGCCGGACUGCCAGAAGAUGGAGGCAACCCAGGUCUCUCCUUAUUCGCCACCAUCAGCAGUGUCGACUUCAACGAGACUCCAGCCAAAAUCCCGGUAGCUCCGGGUAGUCUUCCAUUCCCAACACCUCAAGCCCUGCACGGAUCGAAGAAACGCAGUCCCGGCCCUGUCAACGACGCGUUGGUGAUGAGGCUGUACGUGCCGGACUCGGUGAACAUCAGUGACCCGCUUUUUAUGUCCGACAUCGAGGCCAGCCUGGUGGGGGCUGUACGCGAGAGUGUGCAGGGCAUUGAGCGCUUCAAGCGGAACACGGGAGGGGAAGAUCCGAUUGAUGUUGAUCUGAAGAGCUUUGGCCGCGAUGGAGAUGCUGUAUCGCUGCAGUUUGUCGUGUUCUCCUAUGAUGCCGAUGCCAGCUCGAACCAUUCUGCCAUAGCGGAAGCUAUGAAUUCAUUAGGGAGAGCUCGACUCUCUCAAGAUAUGCAUUAUCCGGUCGUAGAGGUCGUUCACGUCAACUUGAACAGUACCCUUAUGUGGUUCCUGCUAACCACCGCUCUUUUCGUGCUCACCCUUUUCUGCAUAUUAUGUCUGGGAUGGAAGUUUGGCAUCCACAACAAGCUCAAAAAGCGCCUAACAAGAGUGACCAUUGCCGAAAACCGGGAUUGCCAGAAACAAACUCUU